AAGUAAACCAACUGCAUGCUUUCGGCUCAGGUAAAUACAAGGCCUCUAUACAGGUUACGAGGCAAGAUUUGAUUGUACAGGGAAGAAAGGGGGAGAUGACAGAGAUGGACUUGACAGAUCUGGUGGAUACACAUUUUCAUCUCUGGAACUUGAAGAAAUUCCAGUAUGCCUGGCCUGAUGCUGAUGUGCCAAUACUGUUCAGGGAUAUCAACAUAGAGGAGUAUGCAGAGGAGACCAGAGACACUACCUUCAGACAUGCUGUUUUUGUACAGGUGCUCAAUAACUGCCCUGAGGAGACCAAAUGGCUUCUGAAACUGGCAAAGACGCAUCCAUUUCUGAAGGGGGUUGUAGGUGGCAUUGAUCUGACCUCCCCAGAUCUUGAGAAAACUUUGGAUGAACUCUCCAUGGACCCCAAAUUUGUUGGCACUCGCCAUAUAUUGGACUUCGAGAAGGAGGACUGGCUGACGCGUGAGGAUGUGAAGAAAGGAUUAGGAAUAUUGGAGAAGAAAGGACUGACCUUUGACCUCUUACUAAGGCCUCAUCUUCUGAAGCAUGUGCCUUCCCUUGGAGCCCAGUUUCCUAAUUUGAAGAUGGUGGUGGACCAUAUUGCUAAACCAUUCAUCAAAGAUGGAAAGAUGGAAGGAUGGAAAGAGGAUAUGGAGAAGAUUGCCAAGUGUCCAAAUAUCAGCUGUAAACUGUCAGGGUUAGUGACUGAGGCAGAUCUCAAGGAUUGGAAGGUGGAGGACUUUGUGCCAUAUGUUAAGCAUGUUAUGAAAAUCUUUGGAGUAGAUCGGUGUUUUUUUGGCUCCGAUUGGCCAGUGAGUCUUAUGGCUGGAGCUUCAUUCCAGAAAGUCUUUCAAGUUCUUCAGGAUAUUUUGAAAAAACUGGAUGUAACAGAAGAAGACCAAAUCAAAAUUUUCCGAGAAAAUGCCAUCAAGUUUUAUAAUCUUAAGAUUUAGGGUAGAUCUAUUGAUCUCAGGGACAGCUUGCUGUUGUGCAGUGAGCAAGCUAGUGCAUUAUGAUAUUGCAAUUUAUUCUUACUUUAUUAAGUAUAGUUUUAUUACAUUCAACAGUUUUAAUUGGUUCUAGGAACUUGCAUAUGAUACUUGAUAUUAGAUAGGGAAUAUCCUUGGGUCUGGGGUAUAGCGGUAUGCACAAAUAUUUUAUUGAAAUAUUAUCAAUAUUGUAAAAGCUUAAUUUUAGCCUGAUUUGUAAUAAUUAAAGAUUGGUUUAGGUAUGUAAUUGGAAUUCCUACAUAGUAUUCGCCAUAUUGACACGAAUUUCUAUGAGUGGUGAUGUUUACUUAUAUAGUUAUUUUAUGGGACUUUUGAAAUUUUUUGUUCUGUGGAUGAUAUGAUUCCAUUAGUGCCUGUACUAAAUGUUACUGCCGAUGAUUAGUCUUUGAACCCUAGGUGACUCUUUCCAGGAAGCAACUUUACAAGUUUCCAGAGCUUUAAACAUGUUUUAAACAAAUGAAAAUGUAAACUUCGUUUUGAAGUUUUUUUCUCUAAGAAUACCCAUAUAAAAACUGAUAUUAACACAUUGAAAUGUAUGUUUAAAAUAUUUUAUCUGUAGUUGGUUGAUGUACAGUGCCUACAUUUUACAUAUCGGGUGAUUUAUGCUGUGGAGCACAGACAGGUUAUCUUUUACUUGAAUCGUCUUUUUUAAAGAAAUGAUGUGCUACUAAAAUUUUUAUAUGCAUAUUAUUUAAUUCAUAUCGGGAUAUUAGAGUUUUUCAUAUUUUAAUAUUCCUGUCUAUUAUUCCUUCUGUAGAUUGCCUUACGCACGAGAAUAAGCGCAUACCUACAGUGAUAAUGGGGAAAAAGGAGAAAGGCGCACGUUGGUUGUCUGCCAUUUAUGUGUGUGUGUGUGUGUGUGUGUGUGUGCGGGGGCGCUCGUGUAACCACCAGUUGGGGUGUUCAGUAUACAACGUAGACAACAGACUAAACCAUUAAUAAACUUACCAAUUG